AUGUUGGCCAGCCAUGGUGGAGUGGUUGCUUUUGGGAUCUUGCCGAGGGAGGGUGCAGAACGAAGGAAGUUCGACCAGCACGACAUCCCGUACGAUGUUCUCUGGUUGGACAUCGAGCAUACGGACAGCAAGAAGUACUUCACCUGGCACCCCUCGCACUUUGCGCAGCCGGACAAGCUCUUGGCAGCCCUUGAGGCAUCCAAGAGGAAGCUGGUCACGAUCAUCGACCCUCACAUCAAAAAAGACAGCGGGUACGACGUCUACAACAAGAUGAAGAACCACGAUUUCUUCACCAAGACGAAAGACAAACAGCUUUACGACGGCUGGUGUUGGCCAGGAACUUCCUCCUAUCCAGACUUCUGCAAUCCGGAGGCGCGCAGACUCUGGACGACGUUCUUCAAGAUGGACUACUACCCGCACAACAGGCCUGACCUGUACACCUGGAACGAUAUGAAUGAGCCGAGCGUCUUUAAUGGCCCAGAGGUUACAAUGCCACGCGACAACUUGCACAAGUGCAGCGAGAAGGAUUAUGAGGUGGAACACCGCGAUGUUCACAAUGUUUAUGGCUUCUAUCAUCACAUGGCAACAGUCGAGGGACAGCUGGUGCGUGCACCAAAUGUCCGGCCGUUUGUUCUGACACGGUCGUUUUUCGCGGGGUCCCACAAGCACGGGGCCAUAUGGACCGGCGACAACAUGGCCAAGUGGGAGCACUUGGCUAUCUCUGUUCCGAUGCUCGUGUCUCUUUGCCUUUGUGGGGCCUCUUUCGUCGGAGCUGAUGUCCCCGGCUUCUUCUUCGAUCCCGAGCCCGAGCUCUUCCGGAGGUGGCACCAGCUGGGGAUCUGGUACCCCUUCUAUCGAGGGCAUGCCCACCUCGAGACCAAGCGCCGCGAGCCGUGGAUGCUCGGCAAAGAGAUUACAGAAAACGUGCGUGAGCAGGUCACUGUGCGAUAUCAGAUGCUGCCGACAUGGUACACCCUCUUCGCUCAAUGGGCCUUGGCGGGGCAGCCAAUCCUUCGGCCGCUUUGGUUUCAGGAUGCGGCAGAUUCGGAGGCCUUCCGCCACCAAAACACACACUUUUUGCUGGGGAGCGAUGUGCUCGUGCGGGCAAUUACCAAGCGGGGUGAGGACAUUCUCAACGUGUACUUGCCUUCAGGAAGCUGGUUUGAUUUCUGGAGCAUGGAGGCCGGACCCCUUGUUGGAGGCAAGUCGCACUCGGUCAAGGCUGACCCCUCGCACGUGCCUGUGUACGUAAGGGCUGGUGCGAUUCUCCCAAAGAAGAUGAGGCGCCGUCGCAGUUCCCUGGCGAUGGCUUCCGACCCGUACACGAUUGUGGUGUACGGGGAGAAGGCAGGAGGCCACGUGUACAUGGAUGAUGGCCAAAGCCACGACUUCAUGCGGGGCCACUUCGUUUAUGAUAAGCUCAGCUUCGACGGCCAAGAGCUGGUCUCAGAGCCGGCCCAGACACUGCACGUGGCGGGUGCUGCCAAAGGUGCAGGCACGGCAGGCCUUCGGCACACCGGCCAAGGACCUGGACUUGAUCUCGUGAAUAGGCUCCCAUCCAGCCCGGUGAGUGCAGACAUGGAGGGAAAGGUGACUUCCACCCGCAUGCAGAACGGAGCAUGGGUUGCAACAGUCAAGAAGCCGCUCUGCCAGCUGGGCGCCCCGUGGAAGCUGCGGCUUAGAUUCUAG